UUAUAGAGAACAGUUUAAAGUUCAUUAUGAGAGACAUGUAAACUAUGAGAAAGCCUUUUAAAACGAGGCAACUUUAAUUAUUACUAUUGUUUUUAGGAAUAACAGAAAUAUAUUAUCCCUAUACCUUUUUCUUUCUUUCUUUGUUUGGGUUGUACUGGUGUAUUGUCUGUACAUGAUAUGGAGAGUGCAGAGAAUUCAUCAUUAGUCUUAUUUUUGUCAUGCUCUCCAGUCUGAAGAUUGCUGAAUUUCUUUUAUCAGUCACUCUGGCCAGUCAUGAAGCCUUCCAGACUAGAGUUUAUUGGCCAAGUUUGCAGUUAAUAUGAAAACAUUCAAUAUGUAUACAAAGUACACAGCAUGAAUGCUAAGAAAUCAAGCCAAGUAGUUUUUGUCCCAUUCGGUAUCUGUAAUGUAUUAUUUGUAGCCUAAUGUUUUGUAGAUGUUCUGAAUGUAACUUUUUUGAAGCACAAAAACAGCAACAUUUACUUGGGACUAAAGGUUCAUAUCUAGAUCUUUCAGGACAGUCUGUCAUUUAUUACUGUCUGUUUACUUGUGUUGUUCUAACAGCCUCAAAGAUUAACCUGCUGCUUUCAACGUUUUAAGGGCCUGAGCAUCUCACAUAGUGCCUUUAGGCUUUUCCCACAUAGUGAUAUUAUCUGUAUACCUAUGCAUUCAUAAUUUGCCCUUGAAGCAGUCACAGUGUAGUAACCUCUUUCAAAUAGUCACAGUCCAGGAAAGCCUAUGAAAUUAGUUCCACUUCAAUACUUGGCUACUAGGUUCCGGUCACAUGGUCGUUUAAUGCACUAGGGGCCGGUAUUUGGCUCUGCACAGCCUGAGCGUAUUGCGUCCGAUCUGUGCCAGUCCGAGGGGUCAGAUGUGACCCCCGAGAGACUCAUAGACUAGGGGCAAACUUUCAGAAAGUAAAAGAAAUCAAGCACAGGGAGUCCAGCCAUGUUCAGGGAUGACUUUGAUAAGACAUACCACCACAUAGGAGGAGCUGUCACCGGGGAAUCCACGGAUGUUGCCCGCAGCACAGCUGCAGAUGCGCGCAUUAGGAAACGUCUACUCAAAUCAAGUCUUAACAAGUGAAAUCUGGAAUAAACUAAAUUUCCUCGUUUCGGGAAAUAUGGUGUAAAGUACUGCACUCCAGUAGCGCGCAUUCACAUGAACGCCGCUGGGCUCGCGCGAACCACACUCGAGCGCUAUGCGGCUGCGGACAGCGCGCGACAGCAUCAGCUCUGGCGUUUGGGGUUCGUCAAAUACGGGAUCUGCAAGUUGAGCUUCAUGCAGAAGAUGACACAGAGUAAAUAAGGCCCUUCAUUUUCCUGUGCAACAACUAUGCUGCCAAAAGAGCAACACUGUGAUGGCAAGGCUGCCAAAACCUUGUGCAAUGAAGAAAAAGCCAAGGCCAUGAAGAAUGAAAAGAAGGAGGUUGUGUACGUGGAUCCACCAGAUGGCGGUUGGGGUUGGAUGGUGGUUCUGCAUUGUUUCCUGGUGAACGUGUUGGUGAUGGGUACAUUGAAGAGCUUUGGGAUCUUCUUUGUGGCACUGCAGGAUGAGUUUGGAGGCUCGUCCGAGAGCAUCAGCUGGAUUGGAUCCAUAAUGUCCAGCCUCAGGCUCUCCGGAGGUCCGUUGGCCUCGGUGGCCUGUGCCAAGCUGGGGAACAGGGUUACCUCCAUAGUGGGGGCGCUUUUCGUCAGCGCUGGCUUUCUUUCCAGCAUAUUUGCCCCCAGCGUGAUCUACCUUUACAUUAGUAUGGGGAUAGUUGUUGGUCUCGGGUUUGCUCUUCUCUAUCAGGCCACAUCUGUUGUAACAGUGACCUAUUUCCGAAAGAGGCUGGCAACUGCAUAUUCUAUUGGACGCUCUGGCAUGGGUCUGACCUUUGCCCUAGCUCCUUUCACUCAGCUGCUAUUGGAUCAGUAUGCUUGGCAAGGAGCUCUGUUGAUUUUGGGAGGCCUGAUGCUGAACCUUGUGGCUUCUGGGAUGCUUUUGCGGCCCAUUAACAUUAGACCUCCAGCUUCACCCAUGUCAAACUCCACCCUUCAUGUGGCUGGAUCUGAGAAAGAUCCUCUUAAGAACAAUAUGAAUGGCAGCACGCCUGUGUCCAAUGGCACUUCCAAAAUGGACAGCUCUUCCCCCAAUCACAGGGACACACUUAUAAUAGAGAACCCGGCUCAUGAGCAGAGCACUCUUCCACAUCUGGAUCUCAAAACAUCCGUCCAGAAUGGAGUGAAUGGAACAGACAGCAGCCAAAUUAAAACGUCCCCUGAGAUGAAUGGGGUUUCUCCUGUGGAUGCAUUACUUGAGAACAGCAAAACAGAAAAACUUACUGAAAACCCCCAGAAAAUACUAGACUUCUCGCUGUUAAAGAACCCUUUCUUUUGCAUCUACACCUGGUCACUAGUCUUCAGUCAGCUGGCUUAUUUUAUCCCUUACUUCCAUUUGUCUGCAAGGGCCCGGAACCUGGGCAUCGACCCCAUGGAUGCUUCCUUCAUCAUCUCUGUGGCUGGUAUAACAGAGACAGUGGCCCAACUUGCAUCUGGUUGGGUGACAGACAGGAAUCUGGUUCACAAAUAUCACUACCAUAAGGCCUACCUGAUCCUGUGUGGUGUGGUCAAUCUUCUCUCCCCUCUGGCCACCUCGUACAUCUUGCUUAUGGUCUACGCUGUCUUCUUUGCCAUCUUUUGUGGAGGAUACAUGGCCCUACUACUUCCUGUGCUGGUGGACUUGGUGGGUUCUGAAAAGCUGAACAACUCGAUGGGGUUCUCAAUGUUCUUUGUAGGGCUUGGCUGUCUCACAGGUCCUCCUCUGGCAGGCUUCCUGUACGACUACACUCAGACCUACGACUGCUCCUUCUACCUGGCAGGUGUUUGUUACCUGUUAUCAUCGGUUUCUCUGUUCCUCGAGCCUCUGGCGAGACGCUGGCAAGCCCGAAAGAAACGGCUGGAGACACUAAACGAAGAAUUGAUGUGGAGUAACGGCUGUUUCUGCCCGGUGCCUCAGAGGAAUGGUGUUGUAUAAUAAAGGAAUAAACUCAAAGCCAUUUUACUUUCCACCAUGUCAUGUGGUUCGCCCCUUUGAGGGCUGAUCGGAAGAGGACCUGACCUGAACAUUUGGUAGGACCACAAUGUGGCAAGCAAAUGAAUGUUCAUUUGAAUAAAGAGACCAAUAAAUUAAUGCUUAAGGACACUACAAUGCAAACUAUAUUGUUAGUGCGUGAAUACGAAUGGAUUUUGUUGAAUUGGUUUGAUAUUUAAACAAAUAGUAAGUUCCCCUCACCAUCAAUCUUUAAUGACAAUCAGAUCAGUACAAGAACAAAAUGAGGAGACUUCAUCACCAUAAGCAUUUAAUUUCCAGCACAUCAUCAAUCUGGAUCUUCCUUCAUUAGAAAGUUACUCAAACGCUUCCACUGACAUGAUUGAAAAUUUGUGUGUAUCACAUGACAAAUUUUUACUCACUUAGGCAAAUAUACUAGAACUGAAAUAAGAAUAUUUUGUCAGAUUGUGAUGGGUCUAUGCAAUAAGCCUAAGACGGCUGCUUCCUCUGUGAGCCCUCAUUUUGAGUCUUUAAUGCCUAUUCAUGUCUGUUGAUGUGUUUUUGCCAUGUAUCAGUUGCUAAUAAGCUGUGUAAAGGACUACAUAAGGGCACAAUGACGGAAAAAAAACAGAUUUUGUUUUGCCGUCGGUGCCCCAACUGGAAGACAUUUUGGGGCAGAAUAUUCCAGACAUGAACUUUUUUUUUUCUCACUGGUGCCAAAUCAGUCACACUGUCAUUCACUACUGACAACAACCAAGAGUUUUUCUGGAACAAACUGCUGCAUGAAUACAAGUGAAUAUUCUUCUGAUGCUAAUGAGCCAAGUGUUGCAAGAAUUAGGUCAAUUGGCUUGUGGGUUCAUGUGUACCUGUACAAGAGGCCCAGAUGGUGAGCAUUUAUGUGGAGAGUUUCUCUAAAAUGCAAAUCCUUUAUACUUGCUGUCAUUUUUAUUUUUUAGGCUUUUGUUUUGCUGAGUAAUCUACAGUGCACUAUGUUUAUCACCACUAUUUGCCUUUAUACACAAUGACUGUGCAAAAUAUCCUGUGAUGAGAGCCAAAGAUGCAAUAGAAAUAUAAUUUAUCAAUUUAUGCAUUUGAACAUGUCGUUUGUAUAAAGAAAUACAAUCUAGUUACUGCUCACACAUUACAGUUCUCCCAAGUAGUUCUGCGUGAGCUGUUGCCCUCUAGAGGCACUAACGAUGUACUGCUACUGGAAUGUUAUAUCAAUUAACAGGCAAUCCAUGUUCUGGAAUGUCUAGUUCUUUCCUUUCAUCAGCCAAGUAAUGACAAACUAUUAGGAAAGUAUUUCCUAACAAGAUUGAGCAAGACACACACAACUUAUACAAUUUAACAAAUAAGCACAUCACAAAGAUAAGAACAGUACGCUAUACUCUGGCCACUGAAAUGAUUUUGUUAGUUUUUUUUUCUUGCAGAAAGCAUUUCUUUAUCACUCUUAAUUGUUUAAUGAAAGCUGGGUUCUUUGAAGAAAUUAGAAAUGUUUUGGUAAUGUAUAAAUUGUUUGAAAACUCAAAAACUCGACAGUUGAGGGGACACAAUAGCACUAUUAUCACGUCAAUGACAGACCAGCUAUUCUGUACUGUAAGUGAUUUUGUAAUUGUAUGGAAAUGUGAUAGCAUUAUGCUGGUAUUGGGGUUAUUAGCUGAACGUUUUUUUUUUUUACUGUUUCUGGAGGUUUUGAAUAAUUAUUUUGUUGACAAUGCUCACAACUGUUAAGAUUUACAUGACUGCAAUUAAAGCCAGCAGUAAAUUUGACAAAG